UUCGCCUCCAGCCGCAGCGAGCCGCGGAGCUGCCCGACCGUAUAGCUCCCGUCUUCUUCUUCUUCUUCCUCUUCUUUCACUCUUACUCUCUUUCGCCGCGCGCUCGAGUUGCUGCUCGUGUACCGAUCGCUUGCCGAUUUUUUAGUUUUGUUCGCUCUUGACUGGGAUACGCAGACACGCACGGACGUACACUGUGAAGUUCGGAUUGUCUCACGUAUACGAGUGAUAUCGCUGAAGAAAAUCGGUGAUAAUCGUCGGUGCGUCGACGAGUGCCAGAGUCAGAUGACAGUGAGGAAGCCGCCGUUAUGGACCAGUUGUGUUGAGACCUGUUGAGUUGUUGUAGAUGUAUAUUUUGUGCAGUUCGUGAUACUCAUUGUACCUGCCUCUCGUGUACACUACGCUGUCUCGCCGCCGUCGCCGCUGCUGCUUUUUGGUACGGCAGAGAAUACAACGAAGGAGCGACAGAUAUAAAAAAAAGCAUAGCGGCCCGGGAUGGUGUCGAGGCGAAAAAUACUUUCGCGCUCGCGGGACAAUCUCGCGGAUGCGCAGUACGAGGAGCAGGAGGAGGAGGACGUCUGGUACAAUGUCGACAAAUUAUAUAAGGACCACAUACAGGAAGUUCUGGACAAGUGGAAUCAAAUCGACGACGAGAUCUGGGCGAAGGUCAUCGUCUUCGAGAGGAACAGACGCGUCGCUAAGGCAUACGCAAGAGCCCCCGUACUCACUGUCAAUGGGUCCAACGACGGCUUCGAUGGAUUUAGGAUAGGACUGUGCGGCUUCGACAACCCGAUGCGAGACGCCAAGACGGAGGAGGCGAAGCGACACAUCAAUCAAGGCGUGAAGAUAAAGAUGGACGAGCAGGGCAACAUCCUAAUCAAGAGGUUGUGCAAGAGCAACGUCUACGUGAAGACGAUGAACCAGGAGGACAACGCGAUCGGCCCGGAAAUCGUACGCAACUCUCAGGGCGCCCUCGAGCACGAGAAACCUGGAAAGCUCUUCGACAUGAACAAAUUUCAAACGAAUUUGUCACGGGAGACGAGGCGAGCUUAUCCAGACAGACGGAGACUCGAGACACAAUGCCUGAGCGCGAUCGUCUUCGUGCGCACCGAGGCCGACAUACUGCAGUGUCCUGUGUGGGUCCUCAUCGUCAACGUCGUUGGGCUUGAUAUGCUCAAGUCGAAGCUUCCGCCAGUGCUGGCUCUGCAGAGGCCGGUGGACAUAAAGAACCGACCGCGAAUCCCCAUCCCGGACGAGGACCCUUACAGCGUCGCCGGAGUCUCGUCGUCCUCGACCGAGCCGAGUCUCGGCCGGGAGCAGCAGAUCUACGCCGCGUAUCAGCAGCAUCGCGAGCAGAGGGAGCACAGAGAUGCCAGGGAACCACAUGGCAGGCAGAGCAUGGUCGCCGGUGCGCCACCACAGGGACACAGACGCGGCGAGAGACCGCCCAAGCUACCGCCUAGGGAGAACGCUUAUGGGCAUGAUAUACCCAAGAUGCCGAGGCAGGUUUACGUGAAGCCGGACUACGAUGACAUCGAGGACGACUACGUAUCGAGUUCCGUGAGAGCACCUGUCGUCGAGGAGAAGAAGAGUAAAAAGGAAAACAAUAAGAAAUACGACGACCCCUACUACUGCGGUCUCCGAGCCCGCGUACCGAACUUCGUGAAGAUGGCGAAGAGCAACGGCCAGUCGCAUCCGUCUGUCGCUGCGGCAGCGGUGGCCCCAGCUUCGGUGCCGGUAGCCUCGAGCAAGAAUUCCACCGCCAUCUACGGUCACACCGCAGCCCGUGUCUCUCAGCAACACCACCAUCACCAUCACGCCGCAGCGGCGGCUUAUGGAGCUCAGCAGAACUACCCCGUAGUGCACAGUCAGACGUCUCAGAUCUACGGACACCACGUCGUUCCGGCGCCGGCGAAGCGACCGCCGAUCAUGUAUCACGCGAGAAGCUUUGAAAGUGGACUCGAUUCGGACGACAGAAUCGACUCUCCAUACAAUCACAUUUACGGAAGGUUACCCAUCCCAACGAGAGGCAUGAUACCACCAGCUCCUCGCGCUAUGUUCAUUGGCGAGUGGGAUUAGUGUAUAAGCAAGAAAAAAUUCGUCUCUUUCUUUCCCUUUCCUUCUUUCUUCCCCUCUCUCUCUCUCUCUCUCUCUCUCUCUCUCUCUCUCUCUCUCUCUCUCUCUCUCUCUCUCUCUCGCCCCGUAAUUUGUACCUAUAAAACUUGUAUAUUGUUAAUGUACUACAUGAAUACUCCAUUUUUUUUUAAUGAUGAUGCAUUCUCGUACUUCAGCCCCUUCUCUGCCUCUACCUUGUUCUUUUCACUUUUUUUUAUCACCUCUAUUGAGUUCUUUUUAAAGUCGACGUAAGCUAUUGAAUACUUGAUAAUUUUUACGAGUUAAGGAGAGAAAUUGUAAAAUAUUAGAUGUAAAUUGUUAAUCGUAUUUUUGUAAUUCAUAAUGAACAUAUAAAGAAAAAAGAAGACUAGUGUGCCAUGUCAAUGGAGAACAGUGGCAAGCGUUGACUCCCUUCUCACUUUCGAGUCGACUAAGAAAAAUAUUUUAUUCAGAAUACAUAGCGAAUGUUUUAAGUCAAA